AUGGCUGGAGCCCAUUUCCCUGCCGCCGCCCUCUUCCUCCUCCUCGCCGCCGCCGCCCUCCGAUCGAUCCCCCCGGCGAGCGCCGCCGUGGGCGUCAACUGGGGGACUCUGCAGUCCCACAAGCUCUCCCCUCCCGUGGUAGUGAAUCUCCUCCGGGACAACAAGAUCGGGAAGGUGAAGCUCUUCGACGCCGAUCCUCAGAUUCUGGGGGCGCUGAGGGGGAGCCGCAUCGAGGUGAUGGUGGGGAUCCCAAACGAGAUGCUGGCGGCGCUCGGCUCCUCUCCGGCGGCCGCAGACUCCUGGGUCGCCCACAAUGUCUCGAGAUAUACAGUCAAAGGCGGCGUCGAUAUUAGGUGUCGCUGCCCCUCCUUCAUCUUCCCCAUUCUUCUUAUCCAGAAAUUCAUCUCCUUUCACAAUCUUCGUCUUCUCUCCUUCAUCGUCGCCCUGUUCAAUUCGAACGGUCCUCUCCGAUUCACCGAUUCCUGAGGAAAUUUCUCUCGAUUACGAGCAGAUACGUCGCCGUCGGGAACGAGCCCUUCCUGGCCAGCUACCAGGGCAAGUACCAGCCCUUCGUCCUCCCGGCGUUGGCGAACCUGCAACAGUCCCUGUCCAGAGCGAAUCUCGCGGGCUUCGUCAAGCUUGUCGUCCCCUGCAACGCCGACGCCUACGAGGGCCCCACCCCCUCGCAGGGGACCUUCCGACCGGAGCUCGCUCCGGUAAUCUCGGAGCUCGCCGCCUUCCUCUCCUCCAACGGCUCCCCCUUCGUGGUCAACAUCUACCCCUUCCUCAGCCUCUACCAGAGCGCUGACUUCCCCCAGGACUACGCCUUCUUCUCCGGGUCAACCCAUUCGGUCACCGACGGGCAGAGCCUCUACUCCAACGCCUUCGACGGCAACUUCGACACCCUGGUCGCCGCCCUGGCGAGGAUCGGCUACGGGCAGUUGCCGGUUAUCGUCGGGGAGGUCGGCUGGCCCACCGAGGGCGGCGGCGCCGCCGCCAACCUCUCCGCCGCCAGGGCGUUCAACCAGGGCCUAGUGAACCACAUCCUCAGCGGUAAGGGGACCCCUCUCAGGCCCAACUCGCCGCCGGUGGACGUUUACCUCUUCAGCCUCCUGGACGAAGAUCAGAAGAACGUUCUUCCGGGGAACUUUGAGAGGCACUGGGGGAUCUUCUCCUUUGACGGCCAAACAAAGUACCCUCUGAAUUUGGGAAGAGGGAAGCUGAGGAACGCUGAGAAAGUCAACUACUUGCCGGCGAGGUGGUGCGUGGCGGACCCAUCGAAGGAAAUCCUCUUCUCCGGCGGCGGCGGCGGCGGCGGCGCCGCUGCCCAUCUGGAGAGGGCCUGCAGCGCCGCCGACUGCACCACCUUGCUUUACGGAGGGUCCUGCAAUGGGAUUGGCGAGGAGGGGAACGUCUCCUACGCCUUCAAUAGCUUCUACCAGUUGCAGAGGCAGGAAGAAAAAAGCUGUGAUUUUGAUGGGUUGGGGAUCGUCACCUUCUUGGAUCCCUCAGUGGGUGCUUGCCGGUUCCUGGUGGGGCUCAGCGACAGCAGCUGCUCUUGCGGCCUCUGUGGGGUUUUCUGCAGCAUCUGGGCCAUGUCCGUGUGGGCGUACUUCGCCUUCAGAUUGUCUGGUUAUGCCUGA